UGUCUUUGCUUUUAGAGGUUUAACACAGUUAAGCUGUGAUGUACGGGCAAAAGGGGAUCAUCUUCACAACCUAAGGAUCUUAGCAAAACAAGAAGGUCUUCUUCUCCUUAGAAGGAGACCCAAAACAGAGACUUUUAAUGUUAAAGACUUUGGACCGUGUCCUGAAUGUAUGGAAUGGAUGACGGUCUCAGCAUUAGGAAAGCAUAUUCCAAGAUGCAAAAGUGGAGCGAAACAUGAGAAAGUAUCAAUGAACGCUCAGAAAAUGAAAUCUGACUUGCUUACCAAAAGAAUUCCGUAUGAACCAUCUAAUGGACUAGUAAAGCAUGUUUAUAUGUUUAUGAAACGGGAUGAGGUGUCAGAAAUUGCCCAAAAUGACAUAUUAAUUAAGGUGUUUGGUGAGGCAACCCUCAGGA